GCUAUCAACUUUGACUUGACAUUUCAUUUCUGAGAGGGAAAAAUAUUCGGAGUGCUCUAUUGCAAAGAUUUAAAACUACUAAGCAAUGCCCUUGGACCAAGUGAUCAUCUCGUACAGGCGCAGCCGCAACUUCAUCAAUGUCCUGCUGCUCAGAUCGAUGAACCUGUUCCAGCCUGUCCUGGGGGAAAGCCCCAGCGAGAAGCUAAUAGUCAGUGCCAAUGGGAUCUGCUGGAGAGAGCAGAACCUGGAGUACCGCAUCCUGGUGAAUGACUUCUUUGACAUUGCCACCAGGAACGAAGAUGGCGAGGUGCCCUUUAACCUGGUGGAGAAGGAAGGCAACAACCUGGCCUUUGGCCUCGCUCUCCGCCGGAUCCCGCACCGGGCUCUGGACGAGCGCACCGUUAGCGUGGACAAGGGUGAGCUGCUCCUGCGCAUUAACCCAUUUACGCGGUGCUCCCUUCACUGCGGCAACUGUGCGAACAAGGUCGUUGGCGAGAGGCAGUACCUCCAGAUCCGGGAGAUUCCCAUGACCACCAUGAUGCCGCAGAACUACUUCUGCGCCCGCAACAAACUACCAGUGUAUCCCACGGAGGAGGAGCUCUUCUACGGACUCAACUACCUGGUGGUCUCCACCGACCUUCUGGGCAUCGGGGUCACCACCACCGAGGGUCAUCGUUGCAUUCAGUGCUCCCGUUGCCAGCAGCCCGUGGGCGAAUAUCUGGGCCGAGAUGUGGCCGCGCAGCUCUUCGCGGAUGCCCUGCGCCUGGUGACCACAGAGUCUCCGUUCGAGUUCAAGGAGAUCUUUGGCCACAUCACACCCACCCAAAUGAUGAUCCGCUUGCUGCACGACGCCUACCCUAUAAGUAUGGAGAAGACGCGCCUGCUCCUCAAGACCGUGCGUCCGGAUGGUCAGUUGCAGUACCUGUACUUGCAGGUGGACACCAAACAGCUGCACAUCCUGCGCUCCGAGCUGGACACUUCCGACCUGGAGAUGAACUCCACUGCUCAAUUGCCCAUGGAGGACGACACCAGCAGCGAGAGUGACCUCGACAUGGUAUUGAGCGACACUAGCAGUAGCAGUAUUAAUCCGCAAACGGGCGAUGACUUAAUGGAUCGCAGUGAUCCACUUCCAAAGCCAGAAGCUGCCGAGCCCCAAAAAUCUGUGAAAUACUUGAACUUACGUGGCUUUGGUGGCUUCCGCCUGAAAUAUCUAUUCUCGGCAUCUGAUGAGGAGCUGAACGAGAGCGACAAUGUCACCAGCUCUUGGUGCGACCAGGGAAGCCGCAUGAUCCGCAUCUCAUACUCUAUGAUGGUGGACCUGAUGACCGAGUUCAAUGCCCACGAGCGUGUGGCGGCCGCCCUGGAGAUGAACUCGCCACCCACCAAGUCCCGUCAGCCCCGUCUGACUUACGUGAUCUUUGAGCCCGACGAGGAGUUCUAUGCCAGGCAGGAGCAAUUUGCAAAAAUCGACCAAUAGGUAGCACUUUUUAUUGAAAUUUAAAUCGCUUAAUAAAGCUAGAUAUCUUUACCAACUAUUUUAAUACUA